AUGUAUUUGAAAGCCAUUGCCCUUUCCCUUGCCAUUGCACAGGCCUCCCAAGCUGUAAGCGCAGCAGAGUAUUGGGAGUCGUUCAAGAGCAACGUGGAUCCCACCAAUAUCAAGAUCCCUGAAAUUACCCAAACUACCUCGUAUGAUGAACUCAAGACAUGUGUUGGUUACGAUGCUUCCCCUGCAUUUACUUUCAAUCAAGCCGAAUGGCCUACCGCUUGGCAAAUUGCUACCAGCAAUGGUAUGAACACCAGCCAAGAAUUCGUUAACCUCUACAAUUCGAUCAAUUGGGAUAGCAUGCCCAACAUCCCUGUUCGCAAAUCCGUCAAUGGUGCUCUCCAAACCGAAGGCUAUGAUCCAAGCGAUCCCGAUUGUUGGUGGUCAGCAUCCACAUGUACCCAACCCAAGCACGAAAACAUCAACGCUGAUAUUUACGAGUGCCCUGAACCUGAUACUUGGGGCUUGACCUUUGACGAUGGUCCUAAUUGCUCGCACAACGCCUUUUAUGAUUAUCUUCAAUCUCGCAACUUGAAGGCCAGUAUGUUUUACAUUGGUUCCAACGUCGUUAAUUGGCCCUAUGGCGCCAUGCGCGGUGUUAGAGACGGCCAUCACAUUGCUCAGCACACAUGGAGUCACGGCUUGAUGACCACUUUGACCAACCAAGAAGUACUUGCCGAACUCUAUUACACCCAAAAAGCCAUUAAGAUGGUAACUGGUAUUACUCCUCGUCAUUGGCGACCUGCUUUUGGUGAUGUUGAUGAUCGUGUCCGCUGGAUUGCCACUCAAUUGAACUUGACCACUAUUCUUUGGAACUUGGAUACUGAUGAUUGGGCUGCUGGUGUUACCGAACCUGUUGAAACCGUCAAGAAGCACUAUGAAGACUUUAUUGCUAUGGGCUCCAAUGGCACUUUUGCCAACAGUGGCAACAUUGUUCUUCAACACGAGAUCAACAACACCACCAUGCAAAUGGCUGUUGACUAUAUUCCUCAAAUCCAAAAGGCUUACAAGCACGUUGUGGAUGUUGCCACUUGCAUGAAUAUCACUUAUCCUUACAUGGAAACCAAUGUCAAGUUUGCAGGUUUCGCUGAAGCCACCAAGAGCAACUCCUCUGACAACUCCUCCUCGGGCUCCUCGGGUAGCGGCGACAAGUCUGAAGGCUCUUCAUCCAAUGAUGAAAGUGGUGCUUCCUCUCUCAUUGUCUCCACUGCAGGUCUUUUUGUGGCUGCUGGUGUGGGUGCCUUCGCCUUGUUGUAA